AUGCGUAUUACAGAGAUAGAACAUCCCACGCACCCACUGCACCAACUCAAGCUUGAAUCUUCGCCGGUGCCUUACAUCUGCGAUGGAUGCAAAGAGCUAGGGUUUGGGAUCUGCUACCAAUGCCAAAUAUGCAACUUUCACUUGCACAAGGAAUGUGGAGUCGCUUCCUCUAGUUUCUAUCACCGUUUCUUCAAAGGAUGUGAGUUUAAAUUCUAUGAGGAAUCUCCAAGACUGGGUGCUAGGGUUUGUGAUGGAUGCUGGAGAGAUAUUGGAGGGUUUGUGUAUCAGUGCUCACACGAGAGAGCAAAUGACUUGCACCCUCCUUGUGCAAAGCUCCCAGCGACUCUGGCUGGUGAAGGGAUGAAGCUAGUACUCAAAGAAAAUGUCAAAUCCAAGUGCCUGAAAUGCAAGAGUCGGAGGAAUUCGAGUAAAGGUUCAAGGGGUUGGUGUUAUGUUUCUGACUGUGGAAAGUUUUGUUUUCAUGUGGCUUGUGUGAAGGAAAUGGUCUAUGAGGCCUGGGAAAUGGGUUACUUUGAUCGUCAAGAAACUGAACCUGACCCCAACGUUGAUGGGUCGGUGGUGAGAAGUUUGGUUCCCAGUGGUCUGAGCUCUAGCACGGAGAUGGUGCAGCCACGUCCAGGGAAAGCCAUGCAUUACUGGAAGAUGGUAGCCUCGGUUCUCAAGCUUAUUCUCUCGGCUAUUUUUGGAGAUCCAAUCACUGCGUUUGCAACUCUUAUUUUUGCUCUUGCUCAGUCUCUGGCUACAAAUUAA